AUGUCAGAUUCAGAAUCCAUCACCUACGAGGUCAUCGGGAAAGCUGCCGUUAUCACCUUGAACAACCCUAGGAAGCUAAAUUCCCUCACGCUUCCUCAAUAUGAUGAAUUGGCACGACUUAUUUCCAGGGCAAACGACGAUGAAAAUACAAUCAUUACCCUUCUUCAAUCAACUGGCAGGGCAUUCUCUGCAGGUGCAGAUGCAAAGUUUGUUGGUAAGCAAGAUACCGAAUUUGAGACUUGGUUGCGUUCAUCACUUGCCAUGCAAGUUCAUUUGACACAAACGAUAAUGAACCACAAGAAGAUAUUGGCUGUUGCGUUAAACGGAUUUGUCAUUGGGUUAUCAGCUGCUUUGAUUAUGAUGUGCGAUUUAGUAUACGUACACGAUGUUACUAAAACAUUUUUACUUGCACCAUUCCCCAAUAUUGGUAUCGUUGCUGAAGGUGGGUCAUCAGCUACAUUUCCAGUUAGAUUAGGCUGGUCUAAAGCAGCAGAGGCAUUGCUUUUAUCCAAGCGUAUUUCAGGUGAGGAUAUGUUGAAAUCGGGGCUUAUCAACAAAGCCUACGAUGGGAAAUUCAGUUCAGCUCAAGAUUUUAAUAAAACUGUGUUAAAUGAGUUACUUAAUGCAACAGAAAGCUUGCAUCCUGAUUCAAUAUUGGAGAUUAAAGAAUUACUCAAAGCAAACUUCAAGCCAAUCAUUUCAUACGCAAACUCGCAGGAAAGCUAUGUAGGUCUUACAAAUUGGACUAGUGGAAUGCCCUUGGAAAGAUUUAAGAAAUUAAGUUCUGGAGAGUUGAAACACAAAAUGUAA